AUGUCCGUUGCGUCGUCCACCGUGUGGAGGUUCAUUUGUUCCAUCACUUGCACCGUAUGGCUCAGCGAGCGCGGGCUUCCCGUGCUCGAGGAGCCUAAACUCGUCCGCUCUUUAACGACAUUCGUUCCACUUGGGGAUCUGUGCUCCUCAGUCCAUUUGUUCGACCGCACUGCAUUCGGCAUCGCUACUUCGAGCAGCAUCACCGUUGCUCAGACUGCGACGCUGGCUGACAACAAAUUUGUGCAACCGACAUUGUCCAGUCUCGUGCAGCUUAAUACCCACCCGUCGGGCGAGCGCCCUUACGUCGCAGCCCACACGGAAUGGCCCCGCCUCGAAUAUCUUCGAGGUCGACCACCUCUCACCUCAGUCGCCGGUUGUCACCCUCUUCUACCAGCUCAACAUGGCUACGAAUUCCCUUACUCCCCCUAUUCCUUUUUACCCUCGUUCUCUGCAUUACCACCUCCUCCCCCAUGGUAG